AUGGUGGAUAGUAGUACAGGUGGAAAUAAUCAUGCCUCUUGGUUGGUGCCGGAGAAAUCAGGCAAACAAAGGGUUGGCCGGCCCCACAUCAGCUCCGGCUCAAACGAAAUCCCGACGUUCAUCCUUGAUGAACGCCACAAAACGCGCUCAGUUCUAUGUCCUAUUGGACCUGUACUCGCCAUGGAGAGUAUCCAGGUCCCGACAGUUACGAUGGAAGACCUUGUGAAAUUCCAAACAGACCAUUUCCAGCACCUCGAGUUUCCUUUCAACGCUACUGAGAACGAUGUCUACGAUGGUUAUCGUGGAGGUGAAUACACAGAAGAGGAAGAAGAGGACCUGGGGUAUUACGAGGAUGGCGUGAAACGGACUCUGUCGGAUGAGCAGGUCAAGAUCUUUCGGCAUAGUGAGAUCCAUUCACUUUUGCGAGAGAGGCAGCGGCUGCGCGAGGAACAGGAAGAAGAAGAAGAAGAAGAAGAAGAAGAAUAUGAAGCAAUGGAUGUUCUUCCUGAUAACUCGCUAGUCGACAACGAUCAAAAGCUGCCCUUGACUGAGAUAGAUAAUAAAAGAGCAAACGCUAACGACACUGAACCCCCCGCAAAAACCGUUGAGGCUGAGGCUGAGGCCAAGCCUGAUCCUGUUGGAGAAGCUUAUUCUGGACGCAAAAUGGUUUCUUACUCGGAUGACUGA